GGGAUUUUCCCCCACUAUAGCUGUUAAGCUUGCGUCACACAGGACGCUGCUCGGCUGCUUGUUGCCGCUAGUCAACAAGUGACUGCGGAGGUUAUAUCACAGAACAGAACACGCGGGAAUACGUUUUGCAAUGGCAACUCUUGACUUUUAUGGUGAGACAGGGAGUCCACCCUGCAGAACAGUUAAGAUGGUAGCUGCUGCCAUUGGUGUGAAACUUAACAGCAAGUUUGUAGACCUUGAUGCUAAAGAACAUCUGAAGCCUGAGUUUCUGAAAAUGAAUCCCCAACAUACGAUUCCUACAAUAGAUGAUAAUGGUUUUUAUCUUUGGGAGAGCCGUGCUAUAGCUGCUUACUUAGUGGACCAGUAUGCCAAAGAUGAUUCUCUGUAUCCCAAGGAUGCUAAGAAGAGAGCUCUUGUGAAUCAGAGGCUUUUCUUCGAUCUUUCAACACUUUAUGGUGCCUUUGCUGAUUAUUAUUACCCAGUAUUGUUUUAUGGAGCACCAAAGUUUGAUCCAGAAAAGUUUAAGAAAAUAGAACAAGCCUAUGAUUUCCUAAAUACUUUCCUCGAAGGAAAGGAAUGGGUGGCUGGAACAUCUAUGACUAUUGCUGAUUAUUCCAUGGUAUCUUCAGUUGGCGCAGCAGAAGCUGUUGGUUUUGACUACAAGAAAUAUUCUAAUGUUCUUGCUUGGUUUGAAAGAGCAAAGAAGGCAAUAAAGUCAUAUGAUGAGAUUUAUCAUCCAGAUGCCAUGGUGUUUAAGAAGUGGUAUGAUGACGCAGGUGCUGGUGAUAAAAAAUAGUCCUAUGUAUUUCAAAUAGUCCUAGCUAUUUUGUCUUCAGACUGUCUCAUAGGACUUCCUCUUUGUAUUAGAAAAAAAGUUUAAUAUGUACAAAUAAAUCAGUUAAUUCAAACUGUGCAUGAUAACAUUUCUCAAAAUACUUGAAAUUUAUUCUGAAUGUAUAUCCAGUAAACUAAAUGAUCUGCUAUUUUUGACUGAAAUAUUUUCCAUUAGCACUUAUAUGCACAAGAAAAAAGUACAUGGUUUACGACCAGUGGUUCAACUUCGCGAGGUAAUUUAAUGAUGCAAAAUGAUAUUUUGGAAGAGUCAUUGAGAUUUUAUUAUUACUAUUUCUACAAUUAUGUGAACUGUCACAGUAACAGGUUAUAAUUUUCAUUGUAUGAAAUUAUAUACCUCAUGUGUAAAUUGAAGCUGGAUGGGGGGGGAAAGGAAAGGGCAGGGACUGUUGUUGACAGCUGCAUCAGGACUCUUCACGGAACCAGUGGCAAUGAGUGAAAAUGUGUUUCGGACUGCAAUUCGAACCUGGGAUCUCAUGCUUACUGGCCAGUUGUGUUAACCACUGCACCACCCGGACACAGUAUUUAUGGCAACUUCAUGGACUAGCUCAGUAUGCUUCUCGGCAGACGGGCAUUUCUACCUGGUGCCACCUGUCCAUAGUCCAUGUCCAUGUCCUCAGUGCUCACUACUUUGAGAUUCCUGCAGGAGGUCAGAUAUAAUCAUUCAUCUGCACUGAAGGAGGUGGAUUUGUUGCCCAUCGAGGCGAAUCAGUUAUAUGAAUGCAUGCUGUCUGUUCUUUUUGAAAUGUCCAAAAGAACAGACACCACACAUUCGUAAAAUUAUACGUCUCAUUAUUUGAAGUGUGUCAUUGAAAUUAUUACCAUUUUAGCCAUUGAAUUAAUUUUAAUUGCAUAUGAUUAUUUCUGUCAAGUGUAGCACUAAAUAGAA